AUGACUCCCCCGGGUCAGUCAAGUAGUCAGCCUUUGCCAUCAAAAGAGUUGGGCUUGUUCAAAAAGAUAAUCAAAUCGUAUGAACAAAAGAAAUAUCGUUUUGGUUUGAAAUAUGCGAAGACUAUUCUCAGCAAUCCCAACUUUGCGGAACACGGAGAGACCCUCGCCAUGAAAGGACUCAUUCUCAACUGCAUGGGUAAACAGCAAGAAGCCCAAGAAUGUGUGAAAAGGGGCCUCAUGGCGGAUCUGAAGUCUUAUGUUUGUUGGCAUGUCUACGGCCUUGUACAACGAUCGGACAAGAAAUACGAUGAAGCUAUCAAGGCGUACAAGAGGGCUUUGCUGCUUGACAAGGAUAACAUGCAGAUUUUGCGUGAUCUGUCUUUGCUUCAGAUUCAGAUGAGAGAUUAUGAAGGGUACAAGGAAUCUCGGUAUCACUUAUUGCGACUUCGCCCUACACAAAAAGUCUCAUGGAUAGCGUACGCCACUGCGUAUCAUCUACUGAAAGACUACGAGAAAGCUCUCAAUAUUCUUGCUGAAUUUAUUCAAAACAACAAGCCUUCUUCAUAUGAUUUCGAAUAUUCGGAACUUGUCCUCUAUCAGAAUAUGAUUCUCUGCGAGGCUGGACAGUUGGAGGAGGCCCUAGCAAAAUUGGAGGAAAAUAGCAGUGUUAUAGUUGAUAAAGUAUCUUAUAUGGAAAAAAGAGGUUCUAUACUGAUGGAACUGGGUAGGAUGGAGGAUGCCGAAAAAGUCUAUCGUCAACUCGUGGAUCGAAAUCCUGAAAACAUUGACUAUUAUAACAAACUCGAAAAAUGUCUUGGACUCGGUGAAGGUGCUCCGAUUGCCGACCGCAUAUCUAUGUAUGAUUAUUUUGCUGAGCGGCACAAACGUGCUGCGGCUCCUCGACGACAACCAUUGUAUUUAUUAGAUGGUCCAGAACUAGCCCAUCGCCUGGAUGAGUGGAUUGUACGGGGGUUGAGGAAGGGUGUUCCUAGCCUUUUCAAGAAUUUGGUUCCAUUAUACAGCAAUCCUGCCAAAGUUACCAUAAUCGAGCAGCUGCUGGUUGACUAUGUCAAACAAGUCGAAACGAAUGGAUAUCGUGGAGGAUCCCUUCACGGUGAUAGUGAUGAAAUGGAAUCUCCCACUUCGGCAUUAUGGUUGUACUUGCUUGUCGCCCAACAUUUCGAUCGAGUUGGUAAUAUCCCGGUCGCGUUGAAGUAUGUGGAGUGCGCUUUCGCACAUACACCAACCCUUAUAGAAACGUUAAUGGUCAAGGCAAAAAUCUAUAAGCAUGCGGGUGAUUACUGCGAAGCUGCCAGAUUGAUGGAUGAAGCUCAGUCCUUGGAUACGGCCGACCGUUAUAUUAAUAGCAAAUGUGCCAAGUAUCUUCUCCGCUCAGGGCAGAUGGAGCGAGCAGAAAAAAUGUGCGGCAAAUUCACAAGGGAAGGUGAUAGGGCUUCGACAACUCUUAAUGAAAUGCAAUGCAUGUGGUAUGAGUUAGAGUGUGCUCGAUGUCACUUUGGUGAAGGUCGUUACGGUGAAGCCUUGAAGAAGGUUCAUCAAAUUGAGCAGCACUUCGUAGGAAUGAUUGAAGAUCAGUUUGAUUUUCACACUUAUUGCCUAAGGAAAACUACACUGUGUUCGUAUAUUCAAUUACUUCGUCUGGAAGAUGUGCUCCGUAUUCAUGAUUUUUAUUACCAUGCGGCAGUAAUUGCUGCUAGGAUUUAUCUUCGAAUGGUUGAUCGUCCUCAGGACUUUUCUGGCGAACCUGAAGCAGUCGAUGGUCUUUCAGCGGCGGCUCUGAAGAAGUUUAAAAGACAACAGAAGAAGCAGCAGGAAAAGGAACAAGAGCAGAAGAAGAAUGUAAAUAAGAAAGAAGAGUACACGAAUCCUUCUAUGCAGUUUGAUGCAGAAGCACUGUUGAAGACUGAGAAGCCCUUGGAUGAAGCUGCCAAAUUUGUGCAGCAUUUGCACAUGUUAGGUAGCAGCCACAUCACAGCGUACAACGUUGCAUUCGAAGUGUACUUAAGAAAGAACAAGCCGUUACUCAUGCUCAAAUGUCUUAAGAAAGCGGCUUUGCUUGAUGAUUCUGACCCUCGCCUUCACGUUUGUCGUGUGAAAUUUCUAAAAUAUAAGGCAAAUUCCGCUACUUCUGGAGUGAUCGGUUCUCUUGUCCAAGAAAUUUCUGCCCAGCUUUUUACUGUAAUGGAUCCUGUAACGCUAAAUGAAAACUUCAAGCAUCAAUAUUUGAAUAGCCUUCGCCACCGUAUUGCAGUUGCCGAAUGCAAUUUGAUUCUCGAUUCUGGUAGCUGUUCAACUACAAAGAAUUGGCUCAUUAAAUCGCUGGAGGACGAGAAACUCGCCGGUAGGACUCUGAAAACUGUUGUGGAACUUUAUGAUGCAAUCAAAUAUGGACGACAUGGAUCCUGGAGCAAAGAAGAAUUGGACACGUUCGUAAAGCAAGCACAUUCAUUGUUUCCACAAGCACAAAUCUUUGGAGGAGGUUCUUCUCAGGUGCUAGUUCCAGCAGAAAACGAAUAG